UCUCACUGCCACCAGUCGCGUUCACGUGCCUAUCCCUGUAAGCGUCAUGACAAGGGUAUCACGCUACCUAUCUGGCCAAAGCCUGUUCUUCCUGGCCUUUGCCGUCCCCACUGUUUUGCCUCGAGCUCCCGAUAGUGCUGUACUUCCUUGUGGUAGCGCUCUAACCGGAUUAUUGCAGUAGAGGUUUUCUCGUCCCAUAAUUCAAAAAUAACUGGUUGCCUGCUCAAUUGUCAAUUAGUAACAAGCUGACCUACCACAUCCACCACACCCUGCUCCUGUCCCAUCCCAUUCAUGAGGUCGUUCAUCAAGGCACAUAGGCGGGGGGAGUCGGCAAACUCCGACUUUUUUGAGCUGGAACCAGAACCCAAAGCUGUUCUCACUCACAAGACCACACCAGUUCCAUCACCCGUCAUUCCCAAUGGACCCUUCACUCCUCCCAGCACCGUGAAUGUCCUGGGCAGCAGUGGAGCUGGCCAGGCCUCGCUCAGCUCGCCCAAGAAAUUGCUCACGCCUAUCAAGAAGAUGUUCUCGCUGACCCACUCCAAAUCCACUAUCACCACCCCCAACUCCAACGAUAGCCUCCAGAACGUGGUGGACCCCAGAAGCAAGCGCAAAAUAAGAACCCACCGCCACACUCGUAGCCAGGGCUCGGUCUCCAACAUCUCCGAUCUCAUACAUCCCGAUUCCAACAUGGCCUUGGAUUCAAAGUCUCUAGCAACCGCUGCUGCCGCUGCUGCUACCUCCAAAUACUCCAAACAAUUGGGUCCAUCACCAAAAUUCCAUACUUCUGCAUCCUCACCAUCUUUGGUCAACUCCUACAGGCAUUCUGGGGUCCCUGUUUCCCAUUCGCAUACGUCAUUAUCGUCAUUCCAGUCGUCCGGCUCCCAUCCCAGCACGACUCAAACCAAAUUGAAUCCUCCCAUCAACCUCCUUGAACAUACCAAGUCCCAAGUUAUCCAGGACAGCAUUGAAGAAAGUAAUGAGUCUUCCAACCCGAUCGAAGAUCAGCCCAAACUAGACACCAAGCUGGUCAGCUUCGAUCAGUACAUCCAAUCGCCCCCACCUUCUCAUACCAAAAAGUUCUCAAUCCAUGACAGUGAUAAUAAUCUCGACGGUGACUAUGGCAACGAAUUGGAGGAGGAGUACGAAGGUGACGACUCGGACUCGUCUUCGUCGCAGUUCUCCUUUGUAAAGGACAGCAAUUGUGGAAGAAACACUUCAGUUAAAUACUAUAAGGUUGUCAAAAGUUCGAAAGCCAGCGAAAAUGACUUCCAGCAACUGAACACCUUCAACGAGAACGACUUGGGUAUUGAUGUUGAUGAAUUUUCUGACUACGAUUUUGAAAACAAUGGUAUGGAUGAUGAUUAUGAUGGCGACUACGGUGACGAAAAUGAAAAUGACGUUCAGUAUAACAAACUAUUUGACGAUGAGGAUGAACCAAUAGAUGUAUUACCGCAAAGAAACCAUAGCUUUCUGGAGAACGAACAUCACGGAAACCUACAUGGAGAACGUAAUUCGACUUCGAUCUCGGAUCAAAAUUAUAAUAGCUUGGAAAUUGACGAAGAUGAGCUGCAAAUACAUGAGGAUACUGAUGAUGAUGUUCCUUACAAUUCGGCCAUAUUGGAUGAUCCGGCGGAAAGAACCAUCGAUGGUGGUUUCAAAGACUCUGAAGCAUCGAGGCCGAUUGAAGACUCUUUUGCAAACAACACAUUGACUCAAAAGCAACCACUCGGACUAAUUUCACUCGGACAAUUGGAACAGAAGCAUUCCAUUUUCAAUAAGUCGUAUCAUUUGUCAAUCCAAGGUGUUGAAUUGUUCGACGACUAUGAUGGCGUUGAUACUGAUGCUUACGGGGAUGACAUACUAGAAAACUAUUUGGAUGUGAGUAAAUCGCCUUCAUUAGAAAUUACUGGUUCCUAUUCAGGUGCUUCUGAAAGUACGCCAGAUCCUUCAUCCAACGAUAAUUUCUAUGAGGUCAGCAGCCCGAUUAUAAAUGGGUUAACGAUCGGAAAUAACUUGAGACACAGACUCCCCCGAUUAAACAGCAAUGAUUUUGAGAAAGAAAGCUACAACAUAAGCAAUAUGUACAUCAACAGAUCAGUACUAGAUAUCGAGAAUGAGCCACAAAAUGGAUUCUUUGAUCUCCCUAAACACCUGCCUCCCCUUCAUGGAAAUAUGCUCGGAAUGAGAAGCUUGCGAAGCUUUCAUGGGUCAAUCAGUGAUGAUCUCAAUACUACAAUUCUUGAAAAAACUGAAGAAUUUACGAAGUUCACUGAGUCACGGAAAAGUAGUGCAAUUAAGGCCCAUAUUGGAUUAGGAAUUUCUGAAGAGGUCAAAGUAGAACCUGAGCCUGAGCCUAAAAAGAAAAAUGAUACCCCGAACCCCAGGUUGUCUGUUAUCGAAUUAAUGAGCUUAUUAGGUGGUUUAGAAAAACCAAAGGAGAAUGAUAAUGAAGAGAAAUCGGAGGAAAGUGUCCGGAAUUCAGCCUUGUCAAGUUUAGAAAAGUCAGACUCAGUUUCACAAGAUGAUACUAAGAACAGGCUGUCCAUCAUAGGCAUGAUGAGUAUUCUCUCAGACCUUGAAAAAACUCAAGCCAGCAUAUUAGAAGAGAACAAUAGAGCAAUAGAGAAGGCACAGCAGAAUAGAAAAUCUAUUUUGGACAUGAUGUCAACUUUAUCUAGUUUGGAGACUUCGGCGAACACUGAAGAAGAAGCCAAAAAUAAGAGGAACUCGAUCAACAAUAUGAUGCAAAUUCUAGCAACUUUAGACUUGACGGGCCCCAAUAGCUCUAGCAAUUCUGAGCAAUCAAGUUUGAGAGCACAAAAAGCUCCCAGAAAGGGAAUUAUCCUGAAACUCAAGGAGGAUGGAAAACGGGAUAAAAGAUAUUCGUGGUUCAAUAAUGACGAAUCGGUGAAUUUUAGUUCUCUUAAACCUCCAACUGAGGUCAAGUUAGUAAAUCCGAAGGAAACAAACUAUUCUGAAAGUGAAACUGAGACUCUGGAUGCUGAAGCAUAUAAUCGCACGUUGGAUCCAGACUUGCUUGAUGAAAUAAAUCAACUUCCUGAAGAUUACGAUUUUGAAGAAGAUAAUCGACAAAGGAAUACUGAAUCUAUUCAAGUCCCAGCCUUUUUGAGGUCUAAUUCCUACAAUAAUAAGCCUGUUAAAGCGUUGAUUGAUAACAAUUACCAAUGCAACAAAAUCGAAACAAGCAACAAGACCGUUACUUUUUACAGAAGUAACAGUAGUGGGAGUACAAAUGAAACUGCUCGUGUCAAGAGUGUGAGUAGAGCUCCCUCAACAAGAUCGAUUAAUUCAUUCACUUCUGUGAAUGAGGAAGUAGAGGAAGAAGACGAUGAUUUUUCGCAUGGGGCUGACAAGGGUGAAACAUCCUAUUUCUUUAUGGCACAUCGCAAAAAGACCCCCUUGGCUUAUAAGCUGAGUCACAGCACUACUUCCCAGAAACCAACCAUUCUGUUCAGGUAAGAAUCUGGAUUAAAAUCCCAGACACUGUUUCAAAAUGUAUUCACCUAGUUGGCUAUUAUGCGCUGGCAUCGUAUAGCUC